AUGUAUCAGAAGGUUUUUGGUAGAGAUAGCGGCACGUGCGGGGCGAGGGGCGGCCAUGCCAAAGGCGUACUGUUUGUGCCCCAAAUUGACUCGAGCGAUUUAAAUACCAUCGCUAAUGUUCUAAAGACGUCUUCGAUCGCCGAAGUAUCGCGUACUCCGCUUCGGUUGUGUCAUCCAUUUUGCCGUAUAUUGAAAGGGAAACCCCAAACCUACGGGAUGACCCCUUGGACGGCUUUAAGGAAUAAUGUCCUUCCGAGGUCAGAGGUCCUGGGUUACUGCCUCCAGCUACUGGGAAACGGGGGAUAUCCUUUGUUAUCCUUAGAUCCUCUUCUCCAGUGUAUCUAUGGGCGUACUGGAAAAUUUCCACCAAUAGAAGUUCCAGCUUCAUGGAAACGCUAAGUUAGUCCUUAUAAAAUCAGAGGGUAGUUUGUUUCUGAGUCAAUCUGAGAAGAACUCAAUAACGGAAAUAUCCAAUAAAAGAAAGUAAUAAUAAUAAUAAUAAUAAGUAAUAAAAGCAAUUCAGCUGGCAAAAUAAUGACGUGUCAGGCAUGUGGAAGGAAAGUACCAAGCAGCACCUCUUCCAUGGCUUGAUUCAAUUACUUAGAUUUUUCAAAGAAGGAGAUCUCUCAUCCAGCGCCUUUUCU